AUGGGAAAAGAGUCAGAGGUAGAUCAAUGUUCACACCAGACUGAACUCGAGGCCUGUGAGUUCGACACACUGGCCAAUGAGGGUCAUGAGGUCACGCACGACGUAGACGAGAUUCUGAUUCACAAGAACUACAUGGCUGAGACCUACCACAACGACAUCGCCCUCAUCAAGCCAAGUCUGUGUAUGGAUGUUAUCCCAUACCCGGACCACAUCAGGACAGUCAUUGAGAGCCUCCAGCAAAAGAGUGCUCAGACCUGUAGUAUGGGUCGCUCCUCCUCCUCCUCUAUCUCCUGCACAUCUUCAGCUCCUGACUCAAUGGCCAGCUCUAGAGCUCUCUCAGAGGAGAUCCCAUCUCUGGAUGCUGCCACAACACCUUUCCUGUCAAAACCACCAUGUCCUAAAGAGAAAGAGGAGCUCUCUGCUGAGCUGAAGUUCUGGAAAAGGUCAAAGAUUGAUUCUGAUGAUGUCAUCACCAGAGAUGAACAGAUCUUUCUUCUGAUUGAUGCACGAGCGAGGUGUGAGAGAAGCAUCCGUGCACAGUUAGAUGGUGUCAGAGAGGAUCACUGUGUUCCUGAAUGGGAUGGGAUAAUUUGCUGGCCCAUGGGGAAGCCCAAUCAGACGGUUGCAGUUCUCUGUCCUGAGUACAUCUAUGACUUCAACCACAAAGGAUACGCAUAUCGCCACUGUGAUGCAUCAGGUAACUGGGAGCAGGUAUCCACUAUAAACCGGACAUGGGCUAACUACACAGAAUGCACCACCUACCUGCACACUAACCACAGCGAUCAGGAGGAGGUCUUUGAGCGACUUUAUCUCAUGUACACUAUUGGAUACUCCAUAUCACUGGUGGCGUUACUGGUGGCUGUCUUUAUCCUUUGCUAUUUUAAACGUCUCCAUUGCACCCGUAACUACAUCCACAUCCACCUCUUCACCUCAUUCAUAUGCCGAGCAAUCAGUAUAUUUGUGAAAGACGCCGUUCUUUAUGCUGUCAUAGAUGAAGGCAAACUAGAAGAUGGGGCCAUUGGACAAAGACCCUACAUGGUGGGCUGCAAGUUUGUUGUGACCCUCUUCCUGUAUCUCUUGGCAACCAAUCAUUAUUGGAUCCUGGUGGAGGGUCUGUAUUUGCAUAGUCUGAUCUUCAUGGCCUUCCUGUCUGAUAAAAACUGUCUGUGGGCUUUAACAAUCAUAGGCUGGGGAAUACCUGCAGUGUUUGUAUCCAUAUGGGUCAGUGCCCGGGUGUCUCUGGCAGACACACAGUGCUGGGAUAUAAGCGCCGGCAAUCUCAAAUGGAUCUAUCAAGUACCUAUCCUGGCAGCCAUUGUUGUGAACUUCUUUCUCUUCCUCAAUAUCAUCAGGGUUCUGGCCUCUAAGUUGUGGGAAACAAACACUGGAAAACUAGACCCUAGACAGCAGUACAGGAAACUGCUGAAGUCAACCCUGGUGUUGAUGCCACUGUUUGGAGUUCAUUACAUGCUGUUCAUGGCUCUUCCAUACACUGAGGUCACAGGUCUGCUGUGGCAGAUUCAGAUGCAUUAUGAGAUGCUCUUCAACUCUUCACAGGGUUUCUUUGUGGCAUUUAUUUACUGCUUCUGCAAUGGGGAGGUGCAGGCAGAGCUUAAGAAGGCUUGGCUAAGGCGCAGUCUUGCAAUAGACCUGAAGCAGAAAGCUCGUGUCAACAGCAGCGCGGGAUGUGGAAGCGGCUACUAUGGAGGCAUGAUGUCACACACCACAACUCAGAGCGUGUGUCUCAGUGUCAGCGGCACUAAAGGCCUGCCUCUGGGCACCAUGGGGGCCAAAGGACAAUCACGUCUCCACCAUUCAGGAAACUUACCUGGGCAUGCGCCUCACGAAACAGAGACUGUGUUUUUUACAGUGCGGCAGCAUGAGCUGGUUCUGAGGCAGAAUGAUGGGAAAAGGUCUCCAUGCAAGCAGACCAACAAGAAUGCAGAGGAAAGUGAACAUGAUUUUGUAGCAGAUGAUGAACAUUCAGGUUCCAUGUCUUGGAAAGAACUGGAAACAAUGCUUUGA